AUGGUUUUAUCUAUUAUUAUUCGAUGGUCUCUAAUAUUAUUACUUGGAUUAUCUAUUCAUGUAGAAACGGCUGCACUGAAUAGUACCGUUCAACGUCUUAACGCACAACCGGAUAAUGAAAGAAAUGUACCACUAGUAUUUAGAUCAUCUACAAAGACACCAAUAAUAACAACUGUCUUGAAUCCCUAUCGUGCACGAGAUCAUAUUAUAAAUCCACAUAAUUUUUCGUAUAUUUUAAAUCCUGAGUAUACGGUAUGCGGUCAAAACAGCUCAGAUGUUUAUCUAUUUGUUUAUGUUCAUUCUGGCCCGACAAAUUAUCAACGACGUGCCAUUAUCCGAGAAACAUGGGCAAUGCGUGCUAUAUUUCCUGAUAUUCGCCUCGUAUUCAUGAUUGGAAAAACGCUCGAUAAAACAAUAACAAAAGCGAUUAUGUACGAAAAUGAAUUGUAUCAUGAUAUUGUUCAAGAGGAUUUUAUUGAUUCAUACAAAAAUUUAUCGUACAAAGGUGUGAUGGCAUUAAAAUGGAUCUCAAAAUAUUGUCCAAAUACAAAUUAUAUAUUAAAAGUUGAUGAUGAUAUUGUUGUCAAUAUGUUUACAUUGAUUAAUCAUUUGAAGUUUCUAGAUAAACAUAAUCCGAAUAGAACAGGAACCAUUUUGUGUUUAUUAUGGAGUGCAAUGGGAGUUAUGAGAGAUUCGAAAUCAAAGUGGUAUUUAAGUAAAGAAGAUUUUCCAUAUGAUAAAUUUCCACCGUAUUGUAGUGGUUCGGCGUUUGUUUUAACGGGUGACAUGUCAUGGAAAAUGUAUAAUGCUAGUUUAUAUGUACCAUUUUUUUGGGUUGAUGAUUAUUACAUAACGGGCGCAGUUGCUUCUGCUGCAAAUGUAACAUAUGCACAAUUAGGCUCAUUAUAUACGAUACCACAGCAAUUGGCACAUACACGUUUUAUGAGUACAAAAUCGUUUUACACGAUAAUGUUUGGCCAUUUUCCAGGUUCAAUGAAUAAUAUGAGAGAAAUAUGGCGAAGAAUACUCUCAUAUCAAUUAUACAAAUUUCCACAACGUUAUAGUCAAUUAUCAAAUUCAUUAAUGUGGGAUGAGAAGGUACCGUGGACUGACGUAUUUAUAAAAAACUUACAAAAAAAGAAAUAG